AUGGAAUCCCGAUCCAAGGCCAAGUCAGUCGCCCAGCGACGAGUCUAUGGCAAACGGAGAGCCAAUGCGCCGAGAGCAGUAUUCGACCAGGCUAGCCCAGAUAGAGACGCAACAUCCAAGAGAAUUCAAAAUGUCGAUCCAGUCGAAUGCCUAGAAACGAAACUGGCUCGAGUGACCAUCGAUGAAGACAUGGCCCCCCAACACGACGAAGAGACCGGAUCUCAAAAGACGGAGGAAACUGAGGAACAGUAUCAAUUGGUCGAUACCUCCUCAGAACAAUCGAGUCCUUAUCCUAAAGCGGAGUCUCCAGACACCUCGAUAACACCAUCUGUCGAAUCCACCCCAGAGCAACCGGAAACGAAGCAGUUCGAAACGAUGGUAGAGGUCAGGAUAUGCGAAACCAACACAGCUGAUUCAUCGGAUGCCACGUCAAAGUCCACCGCCCCCAUGCCCGACACCACGCCAGAGUCCACUGGCGAGGACCAAGAAAAGAGAAACACCUCGGAAAAGAAAGCCCCACGAAAGAAAACCCCUGCCUCUCGGCGGUCGUCAGGGAUUAUUCAUGACAACAAAUUCAAUGAAUAUGUCCGCCCAAUUCUCAACGAAGCACUAGCUCCAAUUGCUGCGCAAAGUAUCCAAAAAUUCAGCUCAUGGGCCUCUCGAUCCGCAAAUAUGUUCGACGUGGCAAAGCUAGCGGAGGGCUCCUACGGUGAAGUUUACAAAUUUCAUCUGCGCGAAGAAGCCUGCAGGCCGGUGGUCUCAAAGUCCAAAUUGGCCAAAUUGAAAUCAUAUGGCGAUGGAGUCUUCAAGGUCGUACCUCUGCGAGCCAAGAGUGGUCCUGGGUCCAAGAAAUUCACCAGUAUCGAGGAGAUUGUCUCCGAAGUCAAGAUGCUGAAAUACCUUGACCCUAUUCCUGGAUUUGCCCGUUUCAGAGAGAUCCAUGUUGUUCAAGGCCGUUUCCCAGAGUCAUUCCAGAAUGCGUGGGACCACUACAAGAAAACCAAAGACGACUGCAUGAAUCCUAACCCAUCCAACAAGAGGGCAUACCCCGAUACACAACUUUGGGCAAUCAUCGAAAUGGAUGAUGCGGGAUGUGAACUGGAGAAGUUUGCUUGGUCCUCGAUUUUCCAGAUCUAUGAUAUCUUCUGGGGAGUUGCCAUGGCUUUGGCACGGGCCGAGGAGUAUGCCCUCUUUGAGCAUCGAGAUCUGCACUUGGGAAACGUUUGUAUCCGCUCUACUCGGCAGGAUGGCUGCAUGGAUCCUCCCACAGAGCAGGACAUUGCACGCCAUUCAUGCUCCAGUGGAUUUGGGUUCAGCUCUAUUGAAACCACCAUUAUCGAUUACUCCCUCUCUCGAGCGGAGCUGCGAUUGACCGAUGACCCCAAUGGAAUGAUCGAGGUUGCAUCGUCUGAUUUGGACAAGAAGCAAUUAUUCGAUGCUAUUGGUCAAGAUGAGGAUGAAAUUAUGCAACGAAACACCUACAGAUAUAUGCGCGCAACACUUUACACCGGAGACCCAGCAGAAACAGAAAAGCCAGCAAAUAUUCCUGGCAUUUGGGCGGAAUACUCCCCGCGCACCAACUUGGUUUGGCUACUCUUCCUGCUCCAAAGCCUCUUCAAGAACCGCAAACCUGAGCCACCAUCUGCUCUUCCCCAGCGUAAAGCACUCGCGCCUUGUUCGCCAAACAAGAAAACGAUCAAAGCUGAAACAGCCAAUGGGAAAGACCAGAAGGUGACCAACGCUUUGGUUAAGGGGCAACAAACUCAGGCCUGCAUCUCUCGUCUCAAGUCAACACUAGAGGAUCGGCUGAAGUCUGUCCUUGAACUUCUUGAUCUAGAACAUGGUCACGAAGACAUGUGCUGUGCUGCUGAUUUGGUGGCAUAUGCCAUGGACUCGCAAUGGCUGGGCGAAGAGGACUUUUUCUGA